GUUGGUAAGAAAGUGGUAUCCAAGAAACUGAGAAACUCAGUUUAGCAUAUGAUUAAGGUUUAUUUUCAAGUUUUUUGAUGACCCUGAAUUUAUAAGGUUGUUUAUUUGAUUGCUUUUCACUUCCUUUUGCUCGUAAGGGUGUUAUAAGAUAGGUCAACUAAUUGUGUUUUUAGUUUGAAAUUGGAUUCAGCAUGCAACUUAGAAUCUCAGUUAUCUUUAGUUACAGAAUUGACAAAGAUUUCUUUUAGAAUCACAAGCUUGUAGUAUAGGGUUUUUCUGAAGCACUGCUUGUGGUAUGAAUUUUGAUCUAGUUCCUAAUGUUACAAUGGAACAAGUAAAUACGUUAUGGAGUUACGGUCCUUACGGACGGUGACUGUCGCUGCUUCUUUGAGAUUGGAAGUAUGGACUUUUACCAAUUUCUGCGGAAUGAUACACGAUUUCUUUGGUCGAAGGAAGGAUGAAAAGAAUGAUGAAAGGCAAUAUGUUUGGAAAUGGUAUCCUUAUGAUAAGUUCUUACAAUGUUUUCUUGUUACUAAGGAAAGGUAAUAUGUGAUAUGUAAUCUUUGGAGGCAAUAUGUAAUAUCUGCACUCGGCUCCUGUUGUACUUUCAUAUAUCUUGAGGGAAAGAAAAGAAUCACACACAUGAUGAGAUUUCAUUCAAAUCAUCCUUAUAAGGAUCCACUCGCAGUCUCUUGAGUGGUUUAUAAAGAGGUUCUUAGGCUGGCUAUGCAUAGGAUUCUUGAUCAAAUGGGGAGAUACUUGUGACCCAAAUGGAUCCUCAGGCUUUUAUCCGGUUGUCUGUAGGCGCCCUUGGGCUAAGAAUUCCCGGAACAGCUAUAAAUUCUACAAAAUUGGGAAUCCGCACAUUCUCUUCUCCAUGCUCGUGUGAGAUUCGGCUCCGAGGUUUCCCUGUGCAAACAAGGGCAGUCCCUUUUUUAUCCUCACCUGAAGCGGCACCUGAUAUUCAGAGCCUUUCCUCGACCUUCUAUCUUGAAGAGUCGGAUCUGAAAGCAUUAUUGGCUCCAGGCUGUUUCUACACUCACCAAGCAUGUCUUGAGGUUAUUGUUUUCACGGGGAGGAAAGGGUCCCAUUGUGGUGUUGGUACCACAAGGCAGCAGAUCGGAACAUUUAAGCUGGAGGUAGGUCCUGAAUGGGGUGAAGGGAAGCCAGUAAUUCUCUUCAAUGGGUGGAUCGGUAUUGGCAAAAACAAGCAGGAGAGCGGAAAACCAGGAGCUGAGCUUCAUUUGAGAGUCAAACUCGAUCCUGAUCCACGAUAUGUUUUCCAGUUUGAAGAUGUGACUACAUCAAGUCCUCAGAUAGUUCAGCUUCAAGGCUCCAUCAAGCAGCCCAUCUUUAGUUGCAAGUUUGAUCGAGAAAGGGGCCCUCAGGUUGAUCCAUUGAGCAUGUAUCAAUCAAGUUCGGUUGAUGGUAGUGACCUGGAAACAGAACGAAGGGAGCGGAAGGGAUGGAAGGUGAAGAUACAUGAUCUCUCUGGCUCAGCUGUUGCAGCAGCUUUCAUAACAACUCCGUUUGUACCGUCAACAGGUUGUGAUUGGGUUGCCAAGUCCAACCCCGGAGCUUGGUUGAUUGUUCGCCCUGACAUGUGCAGGUCUGAGAGCUGGCAACCAUGGGGAAAGCUGGAGGCAUGGCGUGAACGUGGCAUCAGAGAUUCCAUUUGCUGUCGAUUUCACCUUCUCUCUGAAAGCCAGGAGAGUGGAGAUGUUCUCAUGUCAGAGAUCUUCAUGAAUGCUGAAAAGGGUGGGGAGUUUUUCAUAGACACUGACAGGCAGAUGCGAGCUGCAGCAACUCCGAUUCCAAGUCCGCAAAGUAGUGGAGACUUUUCAGGAUUGAGUCCUGCUGGUGGCUUUGUCAUGAGCUGUCGAGUUCAUGGGGAAGGGAAGCAUAGUAAACCCUUGGUUCAAUUGGCUAUGCGACACGUGACAUGCGUGGAGGAUGCCGCAAUCUUUAUGGCACUUGCAGCAGCAGUUGAUCUUAGUAUUGUGGCAUGCAGGCCAUUCCGUAGGAGGCUUAGAAUUAGGUCUCGACAUUCUUUAUGAAAGGAUGGCCUUCUGUAUUACUUUUUUUAAUAACUUCAACAUCAAGCAAAUUGUAAAUUAUCUCUUGUUUUUUUCUUUCCAAAAACUGUUAAAGGGUACUAUAAGGUAUCAGUACAGACUAGACUUCUCACAAAGAGAUGCAACAUACUGAUAAUUAUUCA